AUGUUACCUCCUAACACAUCGCUCCCUGGGCGAUCUAUUUGGGACGGCCUAGGUCGAGAGACGUUCGAGCGUCAUGUGCAUGCGUUAUCACGCACUGGUACCGUUCCCGACCCAGUCGUUCUCAAAGAAGAAGAUUGGCCAAAGAGCAGCCACUGGGACAUACUUCCCUUUGCUGUGGAGAAACAGCUUGCUGAUGACUUGGCCUUUAUUGCGGCAUGCGAAUAUGGAGUUGGUUAUGUGACAGCCGCGACUGCUGCACCAGCAACCGGUGAAGCAGGUAUGACUGUGCGCCUUGCUGCGAACGAAGGAGUCUGCGAUAGCGUAGAGCGUGCGAUGCAGGCAGUCUUUCGCAUUCUAGAGAGGUGUGCUGGUAAAAGCAUAUCUCGCGAGUGUUGCGCAGAGGCGAUUUUCGACGCCGUUGUCAACCUCAACUUUAAUAGGAUUCAAGGACGAUUAGCGUCUAGGUUCUUCCGACCGCCGCCUCACAAACGUGGCACUCCUCGGAAGCCGCUAGCAGACCGCGUGAGAGGACACAUUGCUUCUUCCAAACCGAUAAAAAGAUUGUCCGAAACCUCUAAAGAUUUUGCAACGCUGUUCACUCAGGCUAAUGCGUUUCAUGCUUCCUUCGUCCAGCUAGAGAGCUCAAAAGAUGCGGACAAAACUGAGGCCACAAAGACCGUCAUAAGGCAGGCCUUCCUGUUGACCGUAGAUGGCGUAUCUCUUCCUUCUCGAUUAAAGAGAAUAGGAUAUCCUGCUUCAAUGGUCGAUACAAGAGAUGUCCGUGGGGUUAACAAAGUUGCAAACUACUGGCGUAUAUGUAAUUCUCUUGCUCAUUUUAGCCGCUUUUACCGGACUCUGUUUAGAAAGUUGCACCUUGAAAGACUCGAGGCUUACCAGCCUCUGUGCACGCCGCUUAAAAAGUUUGUACAUGCUAAAGUCCAGAUGGUCGUAUUAUACGAGACCUCUUUGCUCAGCACAUGGCCUCGCGUGAUAGGCGCCUCCAAGGAAGCAUGUUUCCUGUGCAACUCAUUCAUUAAGAGCCACGGAUCAUUCUAUAUGUUAAAGGCGCACCGCCAGAUCUUUCCUUAAUGGACAGUGCCCGACCUUAGGGAAUAUAACCCUAAGACGCUAGAUCGACUUCGGAGCGCGCUGAUAGUAGUUGAUAGGAGCGUUCAGUACAAGCUUAAAAAGAAACGCAGCUUCCGGCCUUUCCCUUUACAAAGCUCUAUUAAUUUGGACAAGCUGAUGCUCCCAACACCUUCUGCAACUAUAAUCCACUCUUCGGCAUCCAACACUGCGUAUAAAUCGUCA